CUUCCUCUGCUUGCAGCUUCAGACAUUUGGGGAAUCCUGAAACAAGUUGUUCCCGCAAAGAGGCAUUGCCAACUUAGUGUAAGUAGACUCUGAAUGAACAGAGGAUACAGAAAGAGGCUGUUUCACUAAGAGCCUUGACAUUCAUGCCCUCCCGUAUUCGCUCCUUCAUGUCUUUUGUUGUGGACACUGACUGCGCUGGCUGGACACCGUGAGACAUUUGACUAUGGACAUAGAGACGCUGUAGAGCCCGACACGCUGCAUGUACGCUCGACUUGCUGAUGGAAGUUGUGCAUUGGGACUGAUCGUCGAGUCAGAUCAGAGAGACACUCACUGCUGGGGAGUGGCAGCAGAAGACUCUGUGUCGUCUCCCACGGGCCCCGCCCCCAUGGACCUGCGUGUAGGUGAGCGUCUGGUGCGUCCGGGUUCGGACACGGCCUUCCUGUCCCCUCUGCACCCCCCUCUGCUGAUCGGCCCCUUCAAUCCACAGCACUGUUCCCAGUACAGCCACCAGCAGCUGCAGCGCAUACAGCCUUAUAAUAUGGAGCAGCAUCUACGAGACCAGGAACUAGCGAAACUACAGCUACAGCAACUUAAAAACAAGGACAAGAGUCAACAGAGUGCUGUGGCCAGUGCGUUGGUGAAGCAGAAACUGGCGCAGGUGAUCCUGAAGAAGCAGAAGGCGGUGCUGGAGAGGACCAACUCCAACCCUCUGAGCAGCCCGUCGGUAGCCUACCGCGAGCUGGUUCCAGAUCCCAGCUCUUCUGUCCAGCCGCUCCUGUCCUCCACAAAAACAGCUCUCAGCGAAGGGCCCGACGAACCACCCCUGAGACGAGCGACCUCAGAGCCCAACCUGAAGGUGAAGCAUAAAUUAAAGAAGCACCUGAACACCCGUAAGAGCCCGCUGACCCGCAAAGAGAGCGCGCCGCCCGCCGUCAAACACCGCGUUCCUGAUACGCUGGAUUCGUCCCCCAGCAGCAGUAGCACUCCAGUGUCCGGCUGCAGCUCUCCAAACGACAGUCUGCCCAAUGAGAACGGAGUGCUGCCCGCCACCGCCAGCCUGUCCCAUGAGGCUCAGAGGCUGCUGUUGCAGGACGGGUCUUUAACUCACUUCACAGUGCAGAAUCCCUCCAGUCUCCCCACCAUCACGCUAGGCCUCCCCGCUAACACCAAGGUGGAGAGUGAGUUGGGUUCGCUGAAGCUGGGUCGUGUGCCGGUGCUGGUUCCUCUGGGUGUGGAAGAGCAGAGCGGACCGCUCAUACAGCCCGUCCUCAUCCUGGAGCCCUCUGGACUCGUACACACCCCUCUACUGGCCGCAAACAAUUAUGGGACAUCAGAAAAACAUAUACACUACCAUUCAAAAGUUUGGGUUCCAGGUCUGGGUCCGGUUCCCCUGCGGUUCAGCGCGUCUGGUCCUCAUAAGCCGCUGAGCCGGACCCGCUCCGAACCGCUGCCCCAGAGCCCCCGUGUGCUCCAUCCUCACCUGCUCCAGCAGCAGCAGCACAGCGCGCAGCUCCUGGAGAGACUCAAGCAGCAGACUCACCUGGGCAAGCUCAUGUCGAAGUCCAGCGAGAAGCCUCGUCUCCGGCAGAUCCCGUCAGAGGACAUGGACUCCGAGGAGGUGGGGCCGUCGGUGGGCGACGCCCAUCAGGGCAGGGUGAGGGCGGAGUCUCAGAGAGAGCUGGAGAGUCAAGAGGAGCAGCUCAACCUGCAACACACCCUUAUUCUCAACCAGUCACGCCUGUGGGAAACGCAAAAGCAACUCCAGCACCUGCGCAGACAGACGGCUCACAUGGAGACACUGGCGGUACCCAUGAUGCUCGGUGCCGCACACCGGCCGCUCUCUCGUACGCAGUCGUCUCCAGCCUCCACCUCACUAACGCUGCCGGACAAAGCCUUGCCUCUCACCACAGCACAGGAGCCGCCCCAGAGCCAGCCGCGCUUCACCACGGGCCUGGUGUAUGACUCCCAAAUGCUGAAGCACCAGUGUACGUGUGGAGACAACAGCAGCCACCCAGAGCAUGCUGGGAGAAUCCAGAGCAUCUGGUCGCGCUUGCAGGAGAGGGGCCUCAGGGGCCAGUGUGAGAGUAUUCGGGGAAGGAAGGCCACUCUAGAGGAGUUACAGUCUGUCCACACCGAGCGUCACGUUCUGCUGUACGGCACCAAUCCACUCAACCGCCUCAAACUGGACAAUCGCAAGCUGGCCGGCAUACUGUCACAGCGGAUGUUCGUCAUGCUGCCCUGUGGGGGAGUCGGGGUGGACAACGACACCAUCUGGAACGAGAUGCACACGUCCACAGCGUCCCGCUUGGCGGCCGGGAGCGUGACUGAGCUGGCCUUCAGAGUGGCUAAAGGAGAGCUCAAGAACGGCUUUGCUGUGGUUAGGCCACCAGGACAUCAUGCAGACCCGUCAAACCCCAUGGGUUUUUGUUUCUUCAACUCGGUGGCGAUCGCUGCUAAGCAGCUCCAGCAGAAGCUCAGCGCCAGUAAAAUCCUCAUCGUUGAUUGGGAUGUUCAUCAUGGCAACGGCACCCAGGAAAUCUUCUACAAUGACCCCAGCGUCCUCUACAUCUCUCUCCAUCGCUAUGAUAAUGGGAACUUCUUCCCCGGGAGUGGUGGACCGGCAGAGGUGGGUUCUGGUGCCGGUGAGGGUUUCAACGUUAAUGUGGCGUGGACCGGUGGUCUGGAACCUCCCAUGGGCGAUGCUGAGUACCUGGCUGCCUUCAGGAUGGUGGUGAUGCCCAUUGCUCAGGAGUUUUCCCCGGACGUCGUGUUGGUUUCUUCAGGGUUUGACGCCGCAGAAGGACACCCUGCACCUUUAGGAGGAUACAGAGUCACUGCUAAAUGUUUCGGGUUUUUGACUCGGCAGUUGAUGGCGUUAGCAGGAGGACGCGUGGUUCUAGCAUUAGAGGGAGGUCACGACCUCACAGCCAUAUGUGAUGCUUCUGAGGCUUGUGUCAGCGCUCUGCUGGGACUGGAGGUCAGAUUUCAUGCAGAAGCUGUCCAAAUACCAUCACAAGAGCCUCUUCCUGAGUCGACUCUCCUCCAGACGCCCAAUGCCAACGGAGUGCUUUCACUCCAGAGAGUGCUACAAAUACAGAGUCAGUAUUGGCCGUCACUGAAGCCGCUGAUGGGCACAGUGGGGAUGUCGUUUCUGGGUGCCCAGAGGAAAGACUGUGAGGAAACGGACACAGUGAAUGCGAUGGCAUCCCUCUCCGUGGGGGUCUUGACCAACAAAAGCCUUGCCGAUGAGCCCAUGGAGCAUGACGAAGACUCCCUUUAAACCAGGUCUUUACGCGUCUGAAAACCGUCCAGUACCAAAUUGCGCUCCACACCAUGUGAACGAGCCGUGCCUCGAGACCAGCAGUGCCUCAGGGGGCGUGGCUUCCUCAUCACGGCCCCUCCCCCAAGACACCACCUCAACACUGACCACCAGCAAAGCGCGGCUAAGCUAACAACCCACAGCCACAGUUCUGCCGGGGCUCUGGGAUCCAAGGCAUCUUCUUCAUUCAAGUACCACACAAACAAACACACUAUGACGCAUGAGGCCGCUUUGUGCGUUAGUGUGUUUUUAACAUUCACUAAAAGAAUGCACUCCAGUCAUUCAAUGUUCACCUCAAAAGAGACUGUUUACUUUAGCUGGAGAUGCGAAAGCAGAUUUGCAGGAGCGGUUGAGGAUUAUUUCACCUUUUUUAAAGGCAGCCCACUUUACUACCCCUGUCAAGCGGACUGUGCUAGGAGAAAAUGCGGGUUUUCCUUGCACCUGGCAACCACAAAGUGGCUCCACUCUAUGAUGUAAUUACUAUUAACCAAUUUAACCACUAAAGAAGAAGAAGAAGAAGAAGAAAAUGAUCAUGACAACUGUGUGUUUUAUAAAUAGUAUUUUUUUUUUUUUGCACUGUGCAUUCCAUAAUGUGAACCGUGAAAUUUUCCAAACCUCUGGGAAUAGAAAGAUCUAAUUCUGGAUCUAGUUUUACGCUUAACGUUCAUAUUUUUUUUUUUAAAGUGAAGCAAAAAACAGUUGCAUUCGUGUCAAGUUCAGUUACAUUCUACCUGCAUUCCCAGCAUGAAGGCUGUAAACUUGAAUACUUCGAGAUGCUUAUUUGUACUGAUUCUGUGUAUUUGAUUUAAUGUCUCAUGUUUUUGAAGGCCAGAGGGACAAACCAGCUAUUAGCAAGUUUAUUGCACACACCCACCCACACCCAAAAAAACACACAUAUACGCCCAUCUUUCUGAGCACACGUCGCGUCAAUAUGACCACUGUACAUUGAAUAUCGUGGACACAGGAAGUGCUUAGGCUUUCCCUAGACUAAUUGUAACGCAAGGUAGAUCAGUCUCUUUUUAGACCAAACUAAUUUGAAUAUGAUCUUUAUAUGUGUGUGCAUGUGUAUCUAUCAAUCAUAUCUAUUGUCUGUUCUGUACUCACAAUCAAUUGACCACAAGAAAAAAAAACGCAAAAUGAUAUUUGAAUGGGCCCUCGAAGCCACUUUAAUGGCAGUGUGUGAGAUUCUUUUACAACACAAUGUUCUUAAAACAAAUGUCUGUAUUUUUCACUGAUCUUUGUUGUUUUGGACGAGGCAUUUAACGCAUUUAAUGAUUUUCUUUCAUUGCUGUGCACUUACUGAAGGUUUUUUUAUUAUUAUUAUUUUUACGAGGGAUGCAUUGUUUUUGGAUGGCGUUCUGUUUUCCACAGCCUGCACAUAGAUGUCUAAUUCACACCAGUUGUGUGGAUGAAGUUUAUAGUGAUAUUAAAUAUGUCUCGCAGCUGCUGGGAUUCACAUUUACGCCAUCAUCAAUGAACCGAAAUGAAUGUCACACCAACCUUAAACCAAAACGGACUGACCUCUUUAAAUACUGUGCCACUCCACCAGCACAUUCGGUUUCAAAACCCAUAUCACUUUUUUCACGUUUCGAAACAAAAAUUCAUCUAGUUGCGUACUCCUGAUGGGCCAAACCUCUGAAAAUAAUGCGUUGGAAAUGAUCGUCCACAUGCUGUAUCAGUAUCUCAGAGUUAAUGCGUGCUGUCUUCAUGGUCGGGACGUUACAUUCCACUAGUAGCACAGUUCAUGGUGCUUGUUUGACUUUUGCGGUGUGCUUUUGGUUUAAUGAAUGACCCGACGGCUCGCUUUCGAGUUUCAGAUUUGUAUCAUUAUUCAUUGAUUUGUAUAACAAUGGCCGCAUGAGUUGGUGAUACUCUGCACAACCCUUUUACCACUGUAUUCACAACCAAAUACAGCGUUAACAUGCUUUCCUGCGUUCACUACAAGAAACAAUCGUGACCUGACAAAUUGCUGUUAUUACGAACAUGUGGAAUUAAAAUAGAGGCAUUCCUUGUGAGAUUUCUGUAAUGCUGCGGAAACAAGUGCCCAACUAAUAAGUCUUUAAUUCAUCCAUUUCUUGCCUUGUACCAAACCACUGUGGAUAGUUAUGCGUUUGUAUGAUUCCAUGUAAAUAGCACCAUCCAUUUAUCGAUGUUUUGAGAGGUUUUCAUGAAGACCCUGGGUAGCCUUUGCCCAUCAGACCCCCGUGAAGACUGUUGUAAAAUAGAGCAGAUGCAGACGUUUACUCAUUAAUGAAGUCAUAGCUAAUCGCUCAGAACUAGCGGCGAGCUUGCUGUGUAUUUAUAGUACUUCAAACAGUGCACUUGCAUUUCACCAUCAACAAAACGGGCCUGUUCAUCUUUGAGACGAAUUGGAAAUCGACUUGGUUAGCGACAAAUCCACAGCACUUAGUGACCGUUUCGUUGGGACUGUGACUGCAAACAGAUCUUGACAUUCCGUUGCAGUUUGGACACUGAUAUGCGUCUUACAUACAGGUGUAUUUUUACAGUAGCUUUGUGCAUUUGUAAUGUUUUGAUAUACCUCUCAAAGCGCUUGUAUUCUCUCAUCUCUCAAACCCUUUAUUAAGUAAAACGGAGAGCGCGUGCUGUCGUCAUCGCUCGUGUAAACGCAAACCAGCGCCGUCUUAAUUCCUCUGUCAUUUAUUCCCUUUCGUCUUCUUGUAUGGACAAUGUAAAUAGUUUCCUAUGACCAAAAGACUUCACCUACGUGCCUUGAAGUACUUUACCUGUCGAACCCCACUAACUGGAUCUGUUUAACACAGAAUAACAGAAAUUAUGUUUCCGAAUCUUCAUGUACUUAACGAUUCCCUUGUUUAUUUCCCAUUUCUUUAUUUCUCUGUGUAUAGAAAGGAAUGUCUAUUUUGUACUGUUUCUAUCUUCCUAAUUAAAAAGAAAAGGAUUUUUUGUUUGCCUAAA